AUGAGUAGUAAAGGCGGAGGGCCUCCCAAGAAGCGUGAGUCUCGCUCGGGGACCCGAAAAGUCUCUACUUUGUCCGCUGAGCAGCUGGAACGGAAGCGUGCAAAUGAUCGAGAAGCCCAGCGGUCAAUCCGACAACGAACAAAGGAGCACAUCGAACAGCUUGAGACCCAAGUCACCAUCCUGCAGGCCCAGGUUGCCGAAAUGCGCCCUCAAAAUGAACGAUUCAAUGAGCUUCUGCAGCGAAAUGCUGUCUUGGAGGAAGAGGUCGGCCGUUUGAAGCACCUGCUGGCCUACGGAGGGCGGCCGUCGAUUGCUGGGAGCGACGAGCAGGUUGCUGCUUCCUAUAGGAGUGGAUGGACCUUUGACGAGGAUCCUGGAAAUGCAGCGUCAAGCAUACCGACCACCGGCACGAUCCUUCCCUCGUCUUAUCUCGCUGGCACGUCUCAUCCUCCAUCAUCACGACUCUCUCGAACACCAUCGGCCGUUUCAGUGUCGAGCCGAUCGUCCCAUCCACACGAUUGGCAACAAUAUGCAACUGCGCGGUCGCCAUCUCUUGGCGACACCUCAGAGUCGGAGUUCUCGGCUCGUAUGGAGUCGUAUAUGAUAGACGGCAACCUGCAACCGGGAUCGCGCCUGGCGCCUCCCCCUUCGAUCGUCGUCGCAGCGCCACAGAUCAGCUUUUCUGGCACCGCGAGUCCAAGCCAACAGCCGCCCGAGUCGCGCAUUUCCCAGAUCUUCCCGGCAAGCCAGAACCAGAGACCGUGUCACGACACUCUUCAAUCCUCUACAUUGCCAUCGAUCGAUCAUACCGCUCCUGCCUUCGUCCCUUCUCAGCGAACAGUCUCGGUGUCCAAGCCCAACGUCAGUGCCGCAACCCAACCAUCGCUCGCUCAAUCGUACCCCACUUCAGCAUCAUCUUACCAAAAUCCCCUAGCAGGGCAAAGGGAGCAGUCGUAUCCCUUUCCUUGGGAGCCACAGUCAUGA